AUGGGAUCCUCUGCGGCAGCUGGUCAACGCGGCCUGGCCCAAAAACGGUCGGCGAUUAGUCUACACGACCAACGGCCAAUAGAGCCGUACUCUGAUGAACCAAGCGAUGAUCCGCCAGCAUACACUGAUGCAAACGCCACAGACGUGAGCGCGCUACCUGACAUUGUAACGACCGAGCGGUACAUUUACAAUCCAUACCCAGAUAUCUCUGGAGGGCGUCUCGUCGACACCCUUUCUCGCAGGGAAUCAUACGUCGUUACCCUUUCCCCAGAAUACUCAACUGACCCCGAAUGCUUAUACGAUAAUAUCUUCCAACAAGCUCUGAUAGCUCCUACGGUGCUGAUAUCAGUCAAGGGAACCCAUUCCGUCAAGGAACGGGACGGCAAUAACAAGAAAUCUAGCUCCACGGUGACAGAUUUCGACUUUCGGAUCGAGACUCGCGGUACGAUACUGCCGAUUUCCUCGUACCGGGUUGACAGAGACCCACAGUUUGAUUUCUAUCGCACUUGGAACGUGGUACGGGAUGACAUCGAACAAUCCGCUUACCGUGGCGGAAGAUUCAAGAGCAAGUCGAGCAAGAGGUAUAAGGCUCCUGUUGGAGACCUUGAACAAGCCCAUAUGCUUAGAGCCGAUCAGCCGCCAACCACGGAAGGCCACCAGGCGACGCUUAAACAGUGGUGUCAGAGAUUCUGCGAGGACAAGAGUGGAGUGAAGUCAUUCACUCUCCGCCGCAAGGUGACGAGUCUCAAUUUCGACCUUCUAAAGCAUGAGAUAACUUCCGUCAUCCGCGCCACCAACUAUCGCGGCAGCAUACAUGUCAAUCUAAUAACCACUCACACAGCAGUAACCGUCUAUUCGCCGCAUAUGCUUAACGGGCUUCGAACCAACCGUUUCGUCUGGUGGGCCGUCGUCAUCCUUCAGCUCUGGAUAUUCGCAUGGCCUCUUCUCAUCUUACUUGAGAAACGGUAUGAGCCUGUCGAGGUUGAACAUCACGUCUGUCGGGCUGGCGAUUAUUGUCCGCCUUUCGAAGGGGAGGAUGCUUGGACGAAAAUGUUUGCGCCUGCCAUUAGUGCCGCGGCGUUGGGGAGGAGGAAGGACGGCGAGAUAGUUACUGUGAAUGAUAUCGAGCGGGCUCGUAAUUCUACUAUCAAUGGAGGAGCUAGGCUGGAGGAGUCGCCGGCGGAGAGGGAUAGGAGAGCGAGGUUGAAUACUGGGAACGGGUCUUUCAUGGACUCGCUUGUUGGUAUUGCUAGGGGUGUAUCGGAGCUGAGGAAUGAGUAUGACCAUGCCAGGGGAUGGGGUCAAAAUGAAUAA